AUGGAGAAGAUGGCGAUGCUGGUGAAGCGGGUCUGGAGGGAUCAGGCAGGAAGGGGAGGUCGGGGAGAGGGAAGGGGAAAGGUUUUGGCUGUCGAGGAUGCGCAUGGGGAUGAGGAGGAGGAGGAGGAGGAGGAGGAGGAUGCUGCUGCUGCGGGAACUGUUGCUGCAGAGCCAGUCUGGAAGGGUAGACCGAAGAAGGGGAAGGGAAGGGUCGCUACCGAUGCUGCCGAUGCUCCUGCUGAUGAUGAUGAUCAUGAUGCUCCUCCUAUGCCGGCGGGCGCGACGCGCAAGCAGAGAUUGGAUGCUCGUCUGGCUAAGAAAGCUGAGAUUGAUCGUGCGGCUGCGGCUGCGGGUGCUGGAGUGGGGAUGAGGAAGCGAGGCAGGGGAGAUGAUGAUGCUGCUGAGGAUGAUGUUGAUGUUGAUGUUGCCGGUUCGCCGCCGAGUAAUAAGAAGGGGGUGAGGAGAGCUGGACCUGGACCUGGGAAGGGAGAUGAUGUAGGAAGAGAGGCUGUGGGGGGAGAGGUUGGUGUAGAUGCAACUACGGCCCCUGCUAUCGGCAAAAAGAAGAAAGAGAAAAUCUGGCACUGGGUGGGCGACCCGAAGGAUCUUGUGGGGAGACAGCACGUGGAGAUUGCUUGUAUGGGGAAAUUACGUGAGGUCCUGGGAGGUCAGGAUUAUACUGUUGCGCUGAGGCAUGCGGAGGUGGAUAGGAGGAAGAGGUUGUAUAGAUUUUAUAUGGCGUACUGUCCGCACGGAAGUCUGCAUGAGUUGAUUAAGGAGUAUCUUCCCCGUCGAUCUUGGCUGUUAGUAGAGGAGGGCAUGGAGAGGUGUGAGAAUUGUGGCGAGGAGCAUAUGACGCAUAAGCAGCCGCCGGGGAUCGCGGAGAAGGAUAUAGAGGGGGGUAAAUACGGCGAGCGGUUUGUGCCUGAGCCCUGUUUGUGGUAUGUCUUCGAGGCGCUAGCUCGGGCCUGUAUCGCGAUGAAAAGCAUCCCGGCCAACGGCUCGGACACAAACAAAGGCGAGGCGGCUUCCGCAGCGGCAGCGAAACAAUGCAUCAUCCACCGGGACCUCAAACCCGCCAACAUCUUCCUCCACGCACCCGACAACGCCGGAGAUGGAGAAGACAAAUACCCUCCUUACCCCCGCCCACGCGUAGGAGACUUCGGCAUCAGCCUCCUCACCUCCGCCAACGACCAGUUCAAUCCUCUAAGCUAUAUGAUAGGCGAAGGAACCCCGAAUUGGAUCGCUCCGGAGACUCAGCCACUAGUCGAUAAGGCCACGGCGGAGUACGCGGAUCUGGGGAGGAUCGACGGGAAAGCUAAUGUGUGGGGAAUUGGCGCCAUUCUGGGUGCGUUGAUAAGUCGGGAGGCCAAAUUGCAGGGGAUGGAGUAUGAAGAAGGAGAAGAUAUAUUGCCGAAGAUUCAGCUUCCUGUUUUCACCGACAAAAAGCGAAUCAAAGCGGUGAGGAAAUUAUACUCAUCCGCUCUGCUCGAUCUGGUGAAUGCUUGCUUAGCUUAUCGCCCUGCUAAUCGUCCCAGCGCGGAUGAACUCCUGCAGGAGAUUCUCAGGCGUACGGAAGGGGAAUACUGUGGUCUAUGA